AUGAGAGUGUUGAUGAAUAAGCUGGGAGAGGAGUUGUCUGAUGAUUUGGUUUCUUCUGGAGUUGUGUUAUUUGAUCAUGAGGAUAUGAUUACCAACUUUAGAGACUAUACUAAGAAUGAAAAGGAUUUGGUAUGCCUUUCCUUAUUUUUUGCAAUCAAUUGGUUCAGAGAAUUGUUGAAUGGGUUUGCAGACGACGAGAGAUUUGUGUCUCUCAAAGCAUCCAACGUUCCAUUUGCCACAUUUCAACUUGCUAACACAACAAGAGGUUCCAGCAAGCGUCACUUCAAAAAAAGACAUCAUCCAAAUCCAAAAAAGAAACAACCCUCUGCUGUCCCAGAAGAUGAAGAAGACAAGGAAGAAGAUGCAAUGGAAGACGACGAAGAGAUGACGUCAAAAUCUUCGAGUACAAAGAACACCGAGUAUUCAUCAACACCAACCAAACGCAAGCAUUUAUCACCUCUCAAACCUCACUACAGAGAGCUCGACCUGAAAGUCAUUCACAUCAUUCCAAAGAACGAGAAUUGUGAAAAGAAAAUUGAGCCCGUACAUUUAUUCUACAUUUUAGAUGAUUUGCACCAAAAAUUGAAGAGUGUGAUUGCAAGAAAUAAGGUUUCUUUCUUUACUUCCAAAGAAAAAGAAAACAUGUAUAAUUUAUCUAGAAUAUCUACCAAAGAGUUCUUUUCUGAAAUUUUUGAAUUACUGCCUCAACUUUACAAACAAAUAAGAGCCAUAUCAGACAAAAGUGCUAGCAAUGACAGUAGUUCACAAGCAGUUGACGAAGAUGAAGAGUCAACAAAGAACGGUGAUUUCAUAGUACCAUCAUUUCAAUUAUUGGUUGACAUUAUUACCAAAACGUUGGAAUAUUUUUCGAGCGACAAGUUGGAAUUUUGUAAAAUAAUUGACAUUAUGUUUAGUGUGGACUUUCCUGAUGAAGAUCAUUCGAUGGAGGAUGAAGACAAAUGCACAAAACUUUUCGAAUCCAUCAGAAAAAUACUUGACUCUCUAAAAUCGUUUGAGUCCUGUUACAAACUCUAUGAAUUGCUAAAAUCAAUAGCACUAGUUUCUAAUAUCAAAAGCCUCCUAAAAGCAUUGCAAGGAGUUGCAGAACAGAUACUCCAAACUCCAUUCUCGCAGGUCAAAUCUGACGCUCUAGGAAAUUUGAUUGAAGGAUACAUUACCUUGCUAGGUGGUUUUGACACCUCUUGGUGGAAGCUCUUUCGAAAAAGCUAA